AACCAGCAGGUGACGGAGGAAGACAACUGAGGGUGGUGGGCCGCCGCUGCCCAAGGGAACAUUUCACGCUCUUAUUACCCUGCCUAAGCUAUGAAACUGAAGGUUGGCUAUUGAACUGGUGCUUUGUGUGUUUGUGAAUGGAUAGUGCGUGACGUAUCUGCCUCUGUACCUUCCUUCCGGGGAAAAAGAAAGGGUUAUUUAUCGAAGGGUGACUUGUGUUGUUGCAAAAUCCUGCUAAGGUGGUGGUGGUGCUUGCCGAGCGUAGGGGACGGCAGGCAACUUGGUUGUGAAUUGUGAUUCCUAUACCAAGUCUUACCUCAAGUUUGAAGUAAUUUCAGACAAACCAGGUCUUCUGAGUCACUUCCAAAGGUGUCUCGUGGCUCGCAGUCUGCCCACUACACCCUUCUGACUGUCGAAAUUUUGGGGUUGCAACAGAACUCAUUUCUGUAACAUAUCUUGUGUUGGGGCCCAUUCAACACUUUAAAGAAAUGCAGGGUUGGAAUGGUAACUUUAGCUCUGUGUAUUGCUGGAUAUACCCCCGCAGUUAUGCUAGCACAUAAGAAGCAAGGUGUAGAAGAAGCAUAUGUGAAGUUGUUAGAAGAUAUCUGUAGUGAGAGUACUACAGCUGUAAAGCAACUCAAGAAAGGACGUGGAGAUGGAUGAACACCUGCGGCAGCCAUACGAGGGUCAGCUGAUCAAGUUCACCAAUGUGGUGAAAGGCUGGCAGGGACGCUGGUUCAUCCUCAAUCCUGAGAUUGGAACUCUCGAAUAUUAUCUAAGUGAGAGUGACAAGCAUGAGAGGGCACGCGGCUGCAUUCAGUUGGCGGGUGCUGUUAUUUCUCCCAGUGAUGAGGAUCCCUACACUUUCACUGUGUCACCAGCUGCCGGGGAGUCUUACAAGCUUCGGGCGGUGGACACCAGGGACCGCCAGAUGUGGCUGAACAGACUCAGAGUUGUUGCUGAGAUGCACACCCGUGCUAUUGCUCAUAAUCAUCCUCCUUUGGCACCCCGGGAGCAUCGGACUGCUGGAGGAGGGGUGGGUGGGGGUGGGCAGCAGGUAGGAGCUCCGGCCCCUAUGGGUUUGGCAGUGCUGGAUGCCUUUACACAGGUAGCUGAGGUUUUAGAGGAAGCAAGGAGGCAGCAUAGUGCACUUGCAACAGCUAUUGAGGAUAUGCCUUCCUAUGGUACUGGCAUGAAGUGUACAGAUCCAAACCUGCUCCUCCUGAAGGCUACAAGUCAGGCUACACUCCUAUGCCUUGACCAGUGCCUUGGAGUGUUGAGGACACAGCACAUGUCUGCUCCCCAUCACCAUCCCUCCCCACCAGUCACCAGCGUAAGGGUGGGGGGCCUGGGAGCACGUUCCUCUCCCCGCUGUUCCCCCCUCCUGGGACGCUCCCCUCGCUUCCACCGCCGCACUGCUUCGGAAGCCUCCUCGGCAUCCAUCCAGCGGCGGCGGUCCUCUCCCACUGCCACCCGUCUUGGCUCUCCGUCCCUGCGUUCGUCCUCACCAUCACUGAGGGCAAGAACUGCUCCACACUCCCCAACGCCUGGCUCCUCCCAGGGAUUCAGUGGCCACCCCUUGACUGGCAUUACGGGACAACCAGUGGCAUCAUUCACUGCAAGCUCCAGUGUGUGUCAGCCACCAGGAGAAGGCCAGGGCAGUAACAACUCCUGUUCCUCAUCACUUGCUUCUGUUACCUCCACGCCUACACCACCACCAACACUACUCUCACGAACAGGGACAAGUGAAAAUGAGUCUGAGGUGAGUGAUGAGGAAGGUCCAGGUGGUGAAGGAGACUUGGGUGAAGUUGGGGAUGGGCAGCGAUCUGUCAUUAUGCAUAUCAUCUCUCAACUCCGCCUGGGCAUGGACCUCACACGAGUCACUCUUCCAACAUUCAUUCUGGAACGCCGAUCCCUCCUUGAGAUGUUUGCUGACUUUCUUGGACAUCCAGACUACUUUGUUAGAAUCGGGGAUGCCAGCACCCCUGAGGAACGUAUGCAGGAGGUGGUAAAGUGGUAUCUUACCAGCAUCCAUGUUGGCCGGAAUGGGUCAGUGGCCAAGAAGCCGUACAACCCUAUUAUUGGUGAGGUCUUCCACUGCAGCUGGAAGGUUCCUCGUGACAACUGCCCUGCCUUGGAUGGAGAUGAUGUCAUUGAUGGUCGGACAGAUAGCAGGAAGUACAUCACAAUCAAAUUUUCAGCUGAGCAGGUCUCACAUCAUCCACCAGUGUCAGCUUUCUUCUUUGAGUGCCCUGAGAAGCAGUUAAGCAUCAAUGCCCACAUAUGGACCAAAUCUAAGUUCAUGGGCAUGUCUGUGGGUGUUAACUUAGUAGGGGACAUUACAUUGGUGCUGGGGAAGGUGCAGGAAAGCUACAGCCUGGCUAUGCCUUCUGCCUACGCUCGCAGCAUCCUCACAGAGCCCUGGGUGGAACUGGGGGGAAGAGUGAACAUUUCCUCACCGGAGUCUGGCUGUCAAGCUGUUAUAGUCUUCCAUACAAAGCCAUUCUAUGGAGGAAAGUUGCACCGAGUGACAGCAGAGGUGAAGAACAGCAGCAAUGCAACAUUGAUGAGGGUGCAGGGAGAGUGGGAUUCAGCCCUUGAGUUUACACACACUAAUGGAGGGCAAGAGGUAUUGGAUGUCAACAACAUUCCAGUGGUAUGUGCUAAGCGUGUGAGACCACUGAGUCAACAGGCACCCAAUGAAUCACGCCGUCUGUGGCUGGAUGUGAGUGUGGCUUUGGCACGUGGUGAUGUGGAGACUGCCACCAGCCACAAACGAGCCCUGGAGGAGCAACAGCGCAAGGAUGAGCGAGAGCGUGCAGCAUGCAACAUGACCUUCCCCACACGGCUCUUCAGCUCCCCUGCCCCUGACCAUUGGGUGUACAACCAUCUUCCUCCCUAUGCAUUUGUUUCCUGUCCCACCACACCACAAAGCCAGUAAGAAGUAUUUCAUGGUUAUUUGAACUAUGGUAAUUAUAAUACUCAAAAAAAGAAAAAAUAUCAGAUUAAUGUAUUAGUGUUGUUGAUGUACUGCAGUAUACCAAAGAAUGUUAUUUUUGUUCAGUUUUCUGAUUAAUAUAAAUAUCUUUUAGUGUAUGUUUUUUUUUAAUUCAGUUUCAUAAGAUCACAAGAUCUUUGGUAAAAGAUGUUUGAUAAUUGCAUGUUUUUUGUGAAUUUUCAUGAUCAAAAUCAGUGGGAUCUUGAAAUAUUUAACAUUUUAGGAUUGUAUAAAAGUAGUUGUCUAAUGAUUUGUUUUCUAGCACAUACACAACAGUCAUCAUUAGCAUCACCAUCUUCAGUGUAUUAUCUUCAUUUCAUCUUUUUUUUUUCUAAUAUUGAUGUGAGAAAAUACAUGCAGCAAUUCUCAGACACCUGCAAUGAAAAACAAACAUGAAAAAUAUAUAAACAACAAGAAGCUGAAAAUACCCAACACAACAAUUUUUAACACAUCACUAAUCAUAAGCAGCAACAACCCUGACUUCAUUUAAUACCAGUGUAAGAAUUCAGAUUUUAAGUUAGGCCAUUGAGUGCAUUAUUCACACAGCAUUCAAACACUCUAUGUAUAAUCACUUUGGUGCUGGGACCAGCACCAGCACAUGUCAAGGCUCAGCCGGGCUGUUUUGGUCGUGAGCUAAGACCUCCUGUGAUCUGUUACUGUUACCAUGAAGCACACAGUGAUAAACUUAGGAAAUAUUUUAGUGUAUUUUUAUUUUGUCAUUAUUGUUAUUUUUAAUAUAAAUGAAGUUAUCAGUAAUGUGGUGUACUACUGCCAUUAUUUCACUUGAUAUGAUAUAUUCAAAAUAUAGCAAUAGAAAAGGGCAGCUGUUAUAUUUUUAUGUAAGCUAAAUAUAUAUUGUAGCUUCAUUCAUUUUGAUUGGUUAAGAGAAUAUUCAGACGGUUGAUAAUCCCAAUCAGAUUUUUUUUUUAUUGCUGAAUGUUACAUAAUGAAUAGACAGUGUGAUGCUGUUAUGCACUAAGUAACCCCAUAAUCAAAGUGGCCUAAAUUAAAAUGUUUCUAAGCUUAUGUGUUGAGUUUUGAAUUAAUGUCAAAUAAAAAUGCCUUCAUCUUUUUCUAUGCUCUUUGAAUUUUAGGAACAUGUAUUAGUAUGCAUUUGAAUUUUUUUUUACACUAGACCCUGCAUAUAUGCUAUAUAUUUUGAUACUGCAAUAUGAUAAUCCACAAUACUUUCAUGGUUUUAGAACCAUAUAUAUACAAAAUGUCUCAGUUUUCACCCAGUGAUCUGAUUGACUCUAGGUAGACCAUUUAUACGUAGUUGUAGUAAUUUAACUGUUGAAUUUGUGAACUGCUACUUUACAGCUUAACUUUUUUCCACUAUUACAGGUCCUUUCUGUGAAUCUUUCCUCCCUCUUUAAUAUAAUGCAGUGUAGUUCAUGAACCCAUUUCACUGUUUAUUGAAGCACAUUAGGAUAUGAACUCAUAACUCAGGCUAAGUAGGAUGGUUAUUGCUUGUGUCAUGUGCAGCACUGGCUUGACAGACAGUGGCUGGAUUUUACAAAAAUGUCAGUUUUCCUUUAUAUAUGUAUAGUGGUCUCUGGUCUACUUCUUUCUGCUUUAUGAUUUUACUGAUUCCUUUGACUAAUUCCUUGAUCUCGAAUAGAGAAUGCCAAUUUUUAAAGCAUCGUCAUCUACCGUGAUUUUAGCUUGAUUAUUAAGAGUGCAUCAUGUGUACUAAAAUUUUGAUAGUUUCAGCUAAACUGACUGAGGAUGCACUGCUUUUUAUUUUAAAUGAGCACAUGAAUGGAAAGGAAAAUAUUCUAGAUACAUUUUGAUAUCUUUAUAACAUAUAAGUAAUAGUAAAAACAAAUAUGGUAUAUUUUCUGAAUUUAUACUGAAUUUGCAAAGUUUUCUUGUGAAUUAGUAUGUAUUGUUGUUUAUGCAAUAUGAGCCAGUGGCUAAUCAGAGGUGAUAUCACAGGUAUUUUAUUCUUCUUUGAUCUCAAGAUCUUCAAUGUCUUAUAUAAGAAUGAGCUUCACUUUAAGAAUCACAAUCAUAACUGAAUUUUCUCUGCAUUAUGAAACAGGGUUGUGCAUUAAAAUUGAAAGAAAUAAAGAUAAGAUUUAUCAUAAAGCAAAUAGCUGUUACAGCUGUUCAUUAUGACAUAUUGCAUGAAGAUUUUUUUCCCUUCACUGAUUCCUUGAAGAGAAUCUGAUUUCAGAGGUAUCUGUAAAUUUUUCCCUGAUGAUGGUACAGUGAAAGCAUGUGCAGUGUAGAAGAAGCUUGAAGUGCCACUGAGAUGAUUAUCUUCUAACAUUAAGAGUUGAGUUGUUAUUUUUGGAUAUUGAAGAAACACAUCAAGUUGCUAAUAAUUACCAUUUUGAAGCAAUACAAAAUCUUUUUAAUGCUUGACAGUGCGGAGGUGCUCAUACUUCCUUGUCAGAGCACAUCACAAUGGACAGUGUGUGUACUUUCAUUCAUUUGUUAUGAUUGCUUGUUACAGAAAAAAUAUUAAUUCAUUGAACAAUCAUGCUUUUUUUUUUUUUUUUUUUUUUUUUUUUUAGUAUAACUGCCAUGUAUGUCUUCAAGUCAAGGUAACAUAGGUGUUUUCAAAUGAUGUUUUGUUUUCAUGCUUAUUCUAUAAUUUAUGUUGUUUUCCUUGCAUUCUGUUAAACUUUUUUUUUUCUUUCUCUUUUCAUAAGAUUCACUUGUUUUUGUGCAUCACCAAUGAAAUAAUUGAGAUGUUAGAUUCAAAGCCACAAAGACAUAAUUUGGUAAACAGACAGUACAACAUAUAAAAAAAAAUUCAAUAAACAUUAUUAUGAGAUGUGAACCAUUCAGUUUCUCCUCCACCCUUGAGAUCCGUUUCAUAAUACUCCAAUACUUAAAAAAAAAGAAAAAAAAGAAAGCAGCACUUAAGUGAGGGUGGCAAAAUUUACUUUGAAAAGCCCUUUUUUCAGUUUUCUGAUGUUAAUGAAAAUAUUUGGUCAUUAACUUUUAUGCCCUAAAAGAUGUUAGACACUAUAACGAGGAAAAGAAGUAACCUUGAAAUCACAAAAUGAGAAGCUGCACUAAGGGAGAGAAACAAAAAUAAACUUAUACCAUAAAGAUAUUUGUAAAGAGAUACAUUUGAAUGUUGCCUCUGAUUAACCAUGGUACAAACAGAAAGUACCUAACAGCAGAACUAGUAUUGUGUAAGGAUUAAGAAAGAAACCUAAAUGCAAUGCUAAAGAAAAUUAGAAAUUCAAGAUUACUCAAGUCUAUGUACAUGUAUAUCUGCUUUUUGUUUUGUAAAUAUGAUUAAUUUUAAUAAGUGUAAUACUUAUAUUCUUUUUUCUUAAAUCACUAAAUCCUCCUUUAAGAAGUCUCCUUGUUUUUUUCUUUCAAAAACAAAUUUAUUCUAUUGCUCAUUAAAGCAUGUAGUGCAAGACCACUAUUUACAUGAAAUUCCAACUUUUCUUAAAAGAUUGCGCUUAGCGUACAUAAUCAAUAAACUGUAAUUUUUUUUUCUAUUUAAGCAUUAGAACAUGGGGCGCUCAGUGGAACAGUGACACUUGUACCAAAUCUUUACUAAUGUAAUAAACACUGGUUUACAUACUUCAUUCUCUCUCUCUCUCUCUCUCUCUCUCUCUCUCUCUCUCUCUCUCUCUCUCUCUCUCUCUCUCUCUCUCUCUGCAUCUUUGUUACAUGCUUUUUUUAGAUUUGAUUCUGCCACUUCUUUUUAUUCAUCACAUUUGCUACUAUGCAACAUGUUUUGAGAUAAAGACUAGCUCUGGACAAUUGCUAUUGGAAAUCCCUAAGCUCACAUCAAAUGAUAACUCUCCUACAUAUUUUUUACUAUGUAUAAUCUUCUUUCACAGUCUUUCAUUAUGUACUUAUUGCCCUUUGACCUUAAUGAUAUUUAGGAUGUCUGCCCAUCCCGAAAAUCUGCCAUCUGUUUGAGUUACUCUGUUCAUGACAUUAUACUUUAGUUGGGUCAGUCUGUGACAGCCAAGUAUGUGUUUGCAAUUUUUUUUUUUUCUUAUUUUAAUUUGUAUGUUUAUGCUGUGUCAUUCCACUAUCCUAUUCCAGUUAGACUAUUUAAGAACCACAGACUACAGUACUUGCUAUCCACCAUUCCAUAUAGAAAAUAUCAUCAACAUUGUCACAACCAAAGUACAGUCUACCUCUUUAUCUACUCAGUUUUUUUUCUAAAUGUACAUGGACAUGAAACAAAUUGAAAUGAAGACAACUUUUAUCUCUGUAGUCACUUUCCUGCUGGGUGCCCCUUAUAUUUGUAGAUGAUUAUAGUGUUUUUUGUAGUCAUCCCUGGACCCUCCACUGAAGAAGCCCAUCCAUCCAUGCAUCCAUCCACUGCUUCCUACUUGCGUGUACAUUUCAGCAUUAUGCUGUUUCAUAAGCACCUCAUAGAUCAGGAACUAGUUAGAUGAGCUAUCUGCCACUAACAGUGUGAUGCUUGAAAAACUGACAUGAUCAAAAUGAAAAUUAAUUAGUGAUCACCAGCAAUUUAAGCUCCAAAGGGAUAAUUUGAAAAUGCUAGAUAUUAUAGUAGUUAUGUCCUGAAAUAUAAUGUGAUGUCUUCAGAAACUGGGUAGCAAGACACAAGGUACUGCAGCUUUUCAUUGCACUCAAAACCUCAUACAUUUUUUUUCUUAGUAAUUUGAUACUCUAUGCACAUUAUAACUGUCUUUAAAACAAGUGCAUAAAAGACACAUGACAUUUACAGCACAGGACAAGUAGGUAUAUACAGUGAAAUAAUGUAAUCUAGACUACUACUUAUUAAAAUCAUUGAGACACUUAUGUUCCCCCAAAGUAUAUUGUCUGCUCACUGAGCUGUGAGUAGGGAGUCAUAUGGCAGCAUUUAUGCAUUUACUACAUAAUGGUGCAUGAAUUUGUAUACGCAUAGCUUGAGUAAACAUUAUUGUGAAUGAUAAAUAAGUUUGUAAUUGACCAACUACAGAGAAAUACUAUGUUAUUUUCCAUUUUUCCUGCAAGCGGCUGUUAAAUUAGAUGAUUAAAAAAGACAAUUAAUAA